CUGAACUGGAAAGUUUCCAUUGACAUUUUUUUGACCAUAAUCCUUUGGUCCCUUUGAAGUCUCCGUGAAAAUCUUUAAUGGCUUCUUCCACUCCCCCUCACUGCUCUAUCACUUCAACUAAACCCUAUCAAAACCACCACAUCGUCCAACAAAACCAUCCUCACAACCACCAUCAAACCCAUCGUUGGAGCUCCCAUAAGGUCUAUGUACCCCGAAAUGCAGCAAAACCAGGUAACGCUCCCAUACUCUCUCGUAACCCUGGUUUCCCAACCCUGUCACCACUCCCUCCUUCUACAUCCGAACUCGGUCCCGACUUCCGUGGCCGGCGCUCUACUCGUUUUGUUUCCAAGAUGCACUUCGGCCGCCCCAAGACUGCCAUGGGUAGCAGACACACCUCUGUUGCUGAGGAAGCUCUGCAACAAGCUAUCCGCUUCGCUGGGGAUGAUAACGCUCUUGAAUCUGUUCUCCUGAGUUUUGAAUCCAAGCUAUCUGGUUCUGAAGAUUACUCCUUCUUGCUUCGGGAGCUAGGCAAUCGCGGGGAAUGCUCCAUGGCGAUUCGAUGUUUCGAGUUCGCGGUCCGGAGGGAGCGAAGGCGGAACGAGCAGGGUAAACUGGCCAGUGCCAUGAUUGGUACUCUUGGUAGGUUGGGCCGGGUCGAUCUUGCCCAGAGUGUGUUCGAUACUGCCAACGUUCAAGGCUACGGUAAUACUGUUUAUGCAUUUUCUGCUUUGAUUAGUGCGUAUGGAAGGAAUGGGUUUUGCGAGGAAGCCAUUAAGGUUUUCGAGUCGAUGAAGGAAUCUGGUCUGAAGCCUAACUUGGUGACCUACAAUUCUCUGAUUGAUGCUUGUGGGAAAGGAGGUGUAGAUUUUUAUCAGGCGGUGAAAAUAUUCGAUGAGAUGGUGGCCAACGGUGUUCAACCCGAUCGAAUCACCUUUAAUUCCCUUCUUGCUGUUUGUGGUCGCGGCGGGUUGUGGCAGGAGGCGAUGAACUUGUUCAAUGAUAUGACUUUUAGGGGCAUUGAUCGGGAUAUUUUCACAUAUAAUACGCUUUUGGAUGCAGUUUGUAAAGGUGGACAAAUGGAUUUGGCUUACCAGAUACUGUCGGAAAUAUCCAAGAAAAAUGUGUUGCCUAAUGUGGUGACUUACAGCACUUUGAUUGAUGGGUAUGCCAAGGCCGGAAGAUUAGAUGAAGCACUCAAUCUAUUUAACGAGAUGAAGCUCCUUGGCAUUGGGUUGGAUCGAGUUUCAUAUAACACAUUGCUUUCCAUUUAUGCAAAGCUUGGUAGGUUUGAGGAAGCUUUGGCUGUGUGCAAGGAGAUGCAAAUGUCGGGGAUUAAGAAAGAUGCUGUUACUUACAAUGCACUUCUGGAUGGAUAUGGGAAACAAGGGAAGUACAAAGAACUUAAGAAAUUGUUUGAAGAGAUGAAAUCAGAACGCAUUUCUCCUAACGUCUUGACUUACUCUACGUUGAUCGAUGCAUACUCCAAAGGUGGUCUGUACAAAGAGGCAAUGGAAUUUUUUAGAGAGUUUAAGAAGGCAGGCUUGAAGACAGAUGUUGUUUUGUACAGUGCAUUGAUUGAUGCCUUAUGUAAGAAUGGAUUGGUGGAGUUGGCCAUGUCCCUGCUUGAUGAGAUGACGAGAGAAAGGAUUUGUCCUAAUGUUGUUACGUACAAUUCAAUAAUUGAUGCCUUUGGAAAAUCAGCAACUGCAAAGUUUGAGGAGGAUGUAACUGAUGGAAUGAAUGGAACAAAUCCUAAAUCUUUAAAUUAUGCAAAUAUUGAGGACAGUUCUAAAAUCAUGGGAGAAAAUAUAGAAGGGGAUAACCAGGUUCUUAAGUUUUUUGGGAAGCUAGCAGCUGAAAAAGUGCAUCCUUCAAAGGAAGAUUCAAAUCGAAAGUCUCAAGAGAUCUUAUGUAUCUUGGGUCUUUUUCAUAAGAUGCAUGAACUGGAAAUAAAACCAAAUGUUGUCACCUUCUCUGCCAUUCUAAAUGCUUGCAGCCGUUGCAAUUCUUUUGAAGAUGCUUCAAUCUUGUUAGAGGAACUCCGGUUGUUUGAUAAUCAAGUAUAUGGUGUUGCACAUGGGCUUCUUAUGGGCUGUCGAGAGAAAGUAUGGAUUCAAGCUCAAUCUCUCUUUGAUGAAGUGAAGCGCAUGGACUCCUCUACAGCAUCUGCCUUUUAUAAUGCUCUAACUGACGUGCUGUGGCACUUUGGUCAGAAACAAGGGGCCCAGUUGGUUGUGCUUGAAGGGCAACGUCGCCAUGUAUGGGAGAAUGCGUGGUGUGACUCAUGCUUGGAUUUGCAUCUGAUGUCUUCUGGUGCUGCUCAAGCAAUGGUUCAUGCCUGGCUGCUCAAUAUACGUUCUACUGUUUUUGAAGGUCAUGAGUUGCCAAAGUUAGUUAGCAUUUUGACAGGCUGGGGCAAACACAGCAAAGUAGCUGGCGGUGGCACUCUCAGAGGAGCUAUAGGGGCACUCCUUAGAGGAAUUGGUGCUCCCUUCCAUGUGGCCAAGUGCAAUAUUGGGCGGUUUAUAUCAACAGGGCCUGUGGUAGCUGCGUGGUUAAGGGAAUCUGGGACUCUGAAGGUUCUAAUUCUUCAGGAUGACAGAACAAACCUGGAAAGUACUAGGUUAGUUCGACCCUCUGACUUGCAAAUACUUCCUUUGUAAUCAUUUCAAGCUCUUUGCCCUAGCUUUUGCAGGUUCUCAUUGUGUUAUCUGUAAAUUAUAAUCGCGGAGGGGUGUGUA